CAAAGAGAUGAAAAUCACUGUUAAGUGGUCCACAUCAAAAAGCAUUUGUAUAAAGUUUUUCUCAAGACGCAGUGGAAUGGAUAGUGAUUCAGGAGGUCUUCUUCGAGUUCCUGGUUCUUGUAAUGGUUUGGUCUGCGUCUACGAGUUGGAUUUGGUCUACAUUUACCUACUCAACCCUAUGACAGGUGUGACCCGGACACUUACUCCUCCUCGAGGUUCCAAACUUUCAGUUGGAUUUGGAAUAGAUGUUGUGACAGGAACAUAUAAAGUGGUGGUUUUGUUUGGCUUCGACAGAGUGGGAACUGUGGUUUUCGAUCUCUCCACUAGUAAGUGGAGGCGGAGAUACAAAACCGCUGGUCCAAUGCCACUUUCUUGCAUUCCAACCAUUGAAAGAAACCCAGUCUUUGUAAACGGCUCACUCUUUUGGUUGUUGGAAAGUGACUUUUGGGAGAUACUAGUCAUGGAUCUUCACACUGAAAAGUUCCGUACUUUGUCGCAACCUAAUGACAUGGAUGAUGUUGAUGUGUCCUCGGGUUACAUUUACAUGUGGAGUCUCGAGGACCGUCUUUGUGUCUCUAAUUUCAGACAAGGUGUGCAUUCCUACGUGUGGGUUCUUGUGCAGGACGAGCUUAGUGAGAAGUGGGAGAGAACUAGAUUUAAUCUCCUAGGUCAUGUCCUUCCUCCAUUAAGCUUGAACUCUGCUUGGUUUUCACAGACCUUGGUUUCUCCUUACCAGUCGUCGUCUUCAACAUGUAUCGGUUCUAGACAAAGACAGAAUAGUACCUCUGCACUAUUUUCAGGAUAUGAAGAUACGGGAGUCAUGGACACACCGAUCGAGCUGAAUCUGUUUCUACACCAAUGAUGCCUCUCUAAACUAAUGGUCCUUUGUUUUACUUGUGGUCUCAAACAAAUAUUUUCUUGAUUAAGUUUUGUAUACUAAAGUAUGUAGUAUCAU